AUGGGACAAGGUAGCCAUGGACUUUGUGACAGGCAUACCAAUGACCAAACAGAGGUUUCCCCUUUGAAGAAGGUUCUUCGUUUCAUGCGCAAGGGCAAGUUGACUCCUCGUUUCAUAGGACCUUAUGAGGUGCUUAAGAGAAUUGGAUUAGUGGCUUACAGACUAGCUUUACCACUAGAGUUGGAGCGUAUUCACAAUGUGUUCCAUGUAUCUAUGCUUAGAAAAUAUUGUUCUGAUCUUUCGCACGUCAUACUAUUAGGACAGAUUGAGGUCAGUUCAAAUAUAACCUAUCAAGAGGAACCAAUGAGAAUCUUGGAGAGCGAAGUGCAUGAGUCAAAAAAUAAGAGGAUCCCAUUUGUGAAAGUGUUAUGGAGGAACCAUGGCAUUGAAAAAACAACAUGGGAAAUAGAGGAGGACGUGAAGCUUUAG